AUGGCUGCUGCGAGCAAGCUCGGUGCUUCCAAGAAAAGGAUGCGAGAGUCCUCCGCGGCGAAGGGAGGUUCGAAACCCAGGAUCUCCAAUCAAACAAAGGGGCCGGAGGCGAAAAAUUUCAAGAAGAAGGUGAAAGCGAGGCCUCUGAAGAAUAAGACUGCGAAGCCAAACCAAACCGCGAAAGCUGGGUCUGCACUGGGAGCAGUCAUGGAUUCCACAGGCGAACUCGGCAGUUCGAAGAAAAGGAAGCGGGAUCCCGCCGCGGCGAAGGUAGGAUUGAAGCCCAAGACGUCGCAAUUCCUGAGAAGGAAGCCAAAACUCCGAAAUCGCCUGGCGGCCAAGGCAAAGGCGGAAGAGAGAAAGACAAAGAGAAAGCCCAACUACACCCUUGAGAAAGAAUUAGCUUCACUGUGGGAAAAGAUGAGAUGCUAUAGCAUUGGAAAAGAGGAGCGAUCAAAGUUCGUAAGUGAAGCUCUUCAGAAGAUGUCCGGAAAGCUUUUGGAAGUUGCCAGUUCCCAUGUCUCUGCACGGGUGCUUCAAACUUGUGUCAAAUACGGGUCUCAAGACGAACGAAACAUUGUUUUUGAUGAACUUCGGCCGCAUCUUCUAAAUCUCUCACGGAAGAAGUAUGCAGUUCAUCUUGUAAAGAAACUUUUGGAUGCUGCGAGCAAAAAACAGUUAGAAGAAUUUAUAUCCUCUCUCCAUGGGCAUGUUGGCUUUCUAAUUCGGCACACUGUUGGAUCAGCUGUUGUUGAACAUGCAUAUCAUUUGGCAAGUGGGUCUCAAAGACGCCGUCUUUUGAUGGAAUUGUACUCGACUGAACUUCAAUUAUUCAAGGACCUCACCUUGACGAAUUCUGGGAGCUUGGCAGACCUAAUUUCAAAACUCAAAUUACAAAAAUCUUCGGUAUUACAGCAUAUGUCCUCUAUAAUUCAACCACUUCUUGAAAAGGGGAUUGUGGACUAUUCAAUCAUACAUGCCACAUUAGUAGAGUAUUUUACAAUAGCUGACAGGUCCUCUGCUGCUGAUGUGAUUCAACAGUUGCUGCCUCUUCUCUCUCAAGAAUCUAUCACAGAUGAAAGCCUACAUGCAUCGAGUCGAAGGAAAAACAAGAAGAAGAGGAGAAAUCCCCUUGUGAACAUGAUGCACACUCGAGAUGGACUAAAAAUUGGCAUCCUUUGUAUCAAGCAUGGAAGUGCAAAGGAUAGAAAGAAAAUUGUUAAGGGAAUCAAGGAUCACAUCAGAAAGCUAGCAUUUGACCAAUAUGGCAGUCUUCUGCUCUGCUCCAUCCUUUCAGUUGUUGAUGACACUAAACUCGUAACAAAGAUUAUCAUGCGUGAGCUACAAUCUAUGUUAAAAGAACUUGUUCUGGAUAAGAAUGGAAGGCGUCCGUUAUUGCUGUUGCUCCAUCCACAGUGCCACCGCUAUUUUACACCCGAGGAUUUGGCUUGUCUUAAUUCAACCGUGCCUUCUCUUUACACGCAGGAUGAGACGGAAGAGGUGCUCGUGGAAGCGGAAGAGGUGCUCGUGGAAGCUGAUCCGGAGAAGAUAUUAGAAAAAGAUAGCGAACCCAAAACAACUCACGACGAUAUUUAUGGGGAUUCUACGAAGGCCUUAGAAUUAGCUGUGGGUGGCAAGAAGGAUGCUUUAGUAAGGAGAAAGGAAUUAUUGGUGGAGAGUGGUCUGGCCGAGGGUCUUAUUGAAACUUGUAUCCACACUGCUGAUGAGUUACUUCGAUUGAACUUCGGCAGAGAAGUAAUAUUUGAGGUAGCCGUUGGUGGAAGUGAUGGAAUACUACACACUCUAAAUAACAAAUUAGCUGAUCUGCACAAUGCAAUAGCUUCUGUAGCUUCUUCUCCCAACUCUGAAGAAUCUGGAAAAGAACAUGUUUUUGAGAACUUUCACUCCAGCAGGACUAUCAGAAAACUCAUAUUGGAAUCUCCUUCCUUUGCUGAAACCUUAUGGAAAAUGGCUUUGGAAGGAAGGAGUGAGAAGUGGGCCCACGGUCACAGUUGCAAGGUGGUUUCUGCAUUCCUGGAAUCAUCAGAACCCAGUGUAAGAGAUCUCACAAACUCUGAGCUGCAGCCUUUGGUUGAUUCUGGUAUUCUUAAACUCUUUGAAAGGAAAUCAAAAUAACAAAAUUAGUUAUAGAGAACACUAAUCCAAUUUAAUUUAUACUUGAGUUAUAAUAGAACAUGUUGCAUAAACCAUGGUUAACAACUCUUCAUUGAUGUAGGGUUGGGUUUAUUAGUUUUAAUGGCCUUACUAUUAUUGGCUGUUUGCAUACAUAUCACCCGCAACAUUGUUAUUUACAAAUCUGGCACCCAAAAUUCAUGAUAAAAUGCCAACCCGUAUUUUCAUUUUUAUCAAAUUCUCAAUAGUUUGAUCGCGUCACGCGUGAAUACAUCAGUUCGAUAGUUCAAAAAUAUCACCGGGCUGCUACAUUUUGUAAAUAGCGAUGUUUCGGGGGCUAUUUAUGUAAUUAUCCCUAUUGUUUAACAAAUUUUGUUUUUAGUGCUUGCUUAUAAUUGUUUUGA